AUGCAUCUAAAGAACUAUGAACUUUGGGCUCGUUAUCAAUCUCUCGUCGGUGGAAGUGAACCGCUUCAAAGUUAUCUACACAAGCGCUUGGCUGAGAAUUUAAACAGCGAGGCAUCUCUUGGAACAGUUACUGACGUCGCACAGUGUGUAGAAUGGGUGAACUCGACAUUUCUAAGCGUCAGAGCGGCUCGUGACCCCAGACGCUAUCUGGGACUUCCACAAAACGCUUCCAAACAGCUUAUCACGAAGAAAAUAGAAGAACUGUGUGUCAAAGCCAUGAACGGCUUAGUCACAUCCGGUCUUAUAACUAUGGACGAGGCGAGUUGCAUACACUCCACCGAUGCGGGGCGGCUUAUGUCUGUCUACUAUAUUGAUGUAGAGACUAUGAAGGCGAUUAUGAAGAUAGAAGGAACCGAAUCGUUAGAAAAAUUAUUAUGGCUUGUAUGCGAGAGCCAUGAGUUGGCAGAUAUGCAUUUACGAGUCGACGAGCGAAGAUCUCUGAAUGCACUCAAUAGAAACAACGCGGCUGCAACAAUUCGCUUCCCAAUGAAAGGCAAGAUUAAUACUAGACAGAUGAAAUUGAAUUGUAUUAUACAAGCUGUCCUCGGCUGCCUUCCGAUACCGGACCCUUCAUUAAACCAAGAAGCUUUUAAAAUUAUGAGGAUCGCUGAUCGAGUUUGUAAAUGUCUCAUAGCAUACGUAACAAGCGGAAAAGUAAUAGCAGAUAAUCGGAAAUGUUUUUCGUCGGUUUUAAACGCCGUGAUAUUGGCGAAAUGCCUAUCAGCUCAUAUAUGGGAGAACUCGCCAUAUCUAAGCAAACAACUCAAAGGGAUUGGACCUAUGUUUAGUUCGUUACUCGCGUCUGCGGGGAAAACCACGUUUAGGCUGCUCGAAGAGAGUCAUCCCAGAGAUUUGGAACGGAUAAUGAAUAAAAGCGCCCCCGCAGGCAACGAUAUAAGAAAACAGAUAUCAUUGCUUCCAAAAUAUCAACUAACAAUCGUCCCUAUAGAUCAGAAAUCAGUCCGAAUUGAACUUGCCAUGCUUAAUCAAGUGUAUUUAAUGGAAAACAUGGAACGUUUAACUGCUGGACCGAAUCACAAAUUUUAUUUAAUAGUUGGCGAUUCGGAAAAUAAUCUACUAUAUUAUUCUGUUUUUAAAGAUAAAGAUUUCUUGAGCGUUUACGAUGGGUGUAUUACGUGCGACGUUACCCGGAAGCAAACUAACGAGCACAAACUUAUAGCACAUUGCAUCAGCUCAACUUUUGUUGGGAUCGAUGAUAAUUCUGAAUACGUAUUCAAAGAUUUAAAUCCAUGUAUUGGUAAUAAUCAUAAAUUAAUUUGCACGCCACGUGAAAGUGUUUUAAAACAAACCAACAUAACAGACAUAUUUACUCGUAAAAGAAAAAGUCCCAAACAAGGUAUUACUCAAUCUAACGAAAAAAAGAAACGAGACACCGGCGUCAUAAAACAAUUUAAAAACUUACGGGAAUCAUUAGGAAUAACAUCAAAGAAUAUAAAAGAAAAUUUACAAAAGACAGCCGAAUCAACCAAUUUAAACGAAAUUAAUGAAAAACCUCAAAGUAUCUCUUCAUUAGAAAUUGAUGAAAGUAAUUUUAAUGAUACUAUAGAAGCAUCCGACACGGAGGAACAAAUUGAUGAUGUUAAAAUUAUGAAUAUUUUAAAUGACAUAGAAAGUAAUAAGGAAAAUACUGAUCCUUUAACACAAAAAACAGGAAAUACAUAUAAAAUAGAUUCCAGUAAAGCAAAUUUCAAAGCUAUGUCAACAAAUGAUAGACAUGUUUCUUUCAAUAUAAAUAAAUAUAAACGAAAGAAGACAAUAAAUAAUUUAAGCUUCAUAGAAUCUAUAGAAAAGAAAUCUUGCCAAAAUGAUCCACUGGUUACGGAAUCUGAUGCGGGAUUCUCAAGAGCUAUAAGAGAUCAUUUGAAUCAGUUUAUUGUCAAUGUUCAACAUAAAAACACAAAUAAAAUUGACAUGCAUCUUUUACUAGACAACGAUUCUAAUCAUUCAGAUGCAGCUGCUGAAAGCACUAAUGUAAGGAAUACAAUUGAUAAAAAUAUGCUCAAGAGAGAUACUUCACCCCAAAAUACAAAUUUGAUACAAUCGACAUCCGAUUCCCAAUUGGUUCAUCAAAAAAUCCCAAUAAAAUAUAAAAACAAUAAUAUAAUGGAUCAAUUACAGAACGAUAAGACGAAAGAUCUUGCUAUCCCAGAGCAUCUUAUCUCUUUACCAAAUAAUUAUAACGACAAUUCGAAUAAAAUUUUACCAAGUAACAAUGAUAAUAGGAUUGUCACACAAAUCGAUCCAAGUCUACCUGAUAAACAAAUAAAUCCAUUUUUACCUAUUAAAUAUUGUAAUAUAAAAACAAGAAAUCACCUGGAAAAUAUGCAUGAGAAACCCGUUGAGUCAAACAUAAAUAAUUUAAUUGGUUACAAUAAUUUCUUGGUCCAACCUUCGAUGCUAACCUCACAAAACCGAGACAUUUCAUUACACCAUGAUACUAUACCCGCACAAAACGAUUUUAAUAAUUAUCAAAUUUUGGAAAUAGUAGGGCCGAAAUCUAUAGACACAUUAAAUAGGAACGAUUUUAAAUAUACAAAUACAGAAGACAACGUUGACGUAAACCAAUAUUUCUUCAGUGCAACGAAAAUAAACUCGUGCACAAAGGUUUUACCAGAGCGACAAAUACAUAUAGUUGGUCGACUCAAAGUAGACUUUAAUGUUAUGGAAAUAAAAACUAAGGGUAAUAACAGUAAUACGGAUUAUUCAGAAUACAAUAAUUCUGAAAAUGAUGAAAUGAAUAAAAAUAUUGAGGCUGAUGAAAUUGCUCGAACUAACUUAGAUGGCAUAACCGGUUGUUCUAAUUCAUUAAAUUGCUCACCAAUACGAACACUUAGUAAUACUAUUAAUAAUGAUACAAAGGUUUGCUAUAAACCUACGGAAAGAAAUACAGAAAUAGAAAAUAAACACGUCUUAGCCAACAAUCAGAAUACAGAAGAUGGUAAACAAAAUAAAGUCGUUAAUGUUAAAGACAUUUUACAGAAAUACCAAAGAAAAUGUCACGUCAGACGUUUCUUUUUUAGCCAAUAUACUCCGUCGCAGUCAUUCAAAGAAUCGACUACUGAAUGUGGUAUAAGGCAAAAUUUGCUAAGAGAACCUGAAAAGGAUAAAAAACCAAACAGACAAUACAAAAUAAGAGAUUUCGAUAAAAUCAACAUUCCGCUUCCCGAAGCAUUAGCAUCAGUUAUAACUGAAUCCAAAAUUAAUUCUCAAACAUGUGUGAAGGAUUUUAAUAACGCUUCAAAUAAAAUAAACGAAGGAACAAUACCAUUAGAUAAAGAAGAAAAGGAAAAUGCAAUAUAUUUAACUCCUGCAAAAGAAUCUUUUAAAUAUACAAUAGAUGAUGAUUUAUCUGGCUCUCCUCCUACAGAUAUUACACAAAAUGAUUAUGACUUAAGUCAAACCAUGCUUAACCCAAAAACAUUAUUGCGGGCCGUGAAUGAUGAGGUUAUAGUUCCUCCACCACCUGAAUUUACGGAUACUUAUUCCCCAACAUAUGACAAAAACGAUUUUAGUAAUAAUUUUAACGAAUACUAUGAUCCGGAGGACGCUAUUUCUGAAGAAAAAAUUGAUUAUGAACCAAAUUCGGAAGGACUUAAAGAAGAGUGGACUUUAUCAAGAGAAGACCAUGUAAGCUAUACUCCAUACGAAAGUACAAGUCAAAAUUUGUCGUUAUCAGAAAGCUUAACUCAACGCACGAUUAAGUUAAACAAAUUCAAAUUUAGAAAAAAUAAUAAUUACAAGUUUAAAAAAUAA